AUGAUCUCCUACCCGGGCCGGCAACAUGCUCCGGCAGUGAUGAGGGUCAUGCAAAGGGGAGCGGCGGCAGCGGUGCCAAGCUGUGAUCCGCUCUUCAGAUACCUCUUCGGGAGAUGUCCUCCGGCAACUCUUCCUCCCUUUCCCCCUCCCUGCGGGGCCCCUUUUGUUCGCUCCCCGUCUCCCUGCCGCCGCCGACGCCGCCGGCCGCGGCGGCAUUACCCCUCCACGCCGUUGCUCCCGGAUCCAUCUGCUCCACCGGUCGUCCUCUUUAGACCCAUAUCGCCAACCGGGCCACCAACACCUCUACCUUCGACUCCGCCGUAUCUCGUUCUGUCGCCACCACCCCCAUUUAUGCCUCUCCUGCCGCCAUCGCCACCUCUCGUGCCAUCUCCUCCCCUGCCGCUACCAGUCCCGCCACCGCCACCGCCACCCCCGCCGCCGGCAAUCUCCACCCCACCCACAAUGCCCUUCUUUCCUCCUGUCGCUCCGUCGUUCCCCCCACCUCUCGUUCCAUCUCCACCGCCACCGCUUCAAUGCUACUCGGCUCCCCCCGUCCCCUUCUAUCAACCAUUCUUCCCUCCGUCCCCGCCGCCGCCUCCAUUAACAUUGGACUCCCCAUUUCAAGCUCUUCCGCCACCGCCUUAG